AUGAAAAACAAACUUCUAAGUCUCCAUGAACCGUGGCAUUCUGCGCCAAACGUUAUGGUGAAGACAGUUGUGGGUCGAACUGGUUCCCAAGGCCAAUGUACCCAGGUUCGUGUCGAGUUUCUGGAUGACAGUCAUCGGUCAAUUAUUCGGAACGUAAAAGGGCCCAUUCGAGAGGGGGAUAUCUUGACCCUCCUGGAAACUGAACGUGAAGCCAGACGAUUGAGAUGA